AUGCCGAAAGGGCUAGAAGGAAAGCCUAAAGGUGCUUUUUUGGGGAAUUCUCUGUGUGGAAAGCCUCUUGAUAAUGCUUGUGUUAAUAGUGGUAAAACUUAUUUUGGGAAUCCAAAGGAUGUUGAGAUUGCAGGGAAAAGUAGCGAAAAUGGAUUGUGUGGAGAAACUGAGGUGGGUGAAAAUCCAGUUGUGGAGGCAGAGAAUAGUGGAAGUGGUGAUGGGAUUCGGGCUGCUAUAAUGACAUCGAAUGGGAAUGAAAAUUGGGAAAAUGGAACAAAUGCGGAUGUCAAGAAACUGGUGUUUUUUAGGAACACUUUGCGGGCGUUUGAUUUGGAGGAGUUGUUGAAAGCAUCGGCCAAGGUUUCGGGGAAAGGAACAUUCGGAACUGCCUACAAAGCAGUUUUGGAAGUGGGACUGUGGUGGCUAUGA